AGCGGGAAGUCUCCAAGGCCAGCAGGGGGUGGGGAGAGAAGAUAGAUCCUGGGUUAGAGGACCCCAGGAGGACCUGGUGGGGCAGGGGGAGGACACAUGUCUGACCUACCUUUCCCCCCAGCAGAUCCAGGCUUGGGCCUGGGUCUGUCCCUGCCAGAAAUCCAUGCCGAAUUCCCUCACGGGUGGCCAGGUCCCCCCCCUUACUCUGGACACAGUUGGCCUGGUGGACCGGAGUCCGGGAAAUGCAGGUACCCGGAGCCCCGGGGCACCAGGCCUCAGCCUGCCUCUCUGCCUACCCAUCCAGCCCCUGAUCCGUCGCUCCGUGUAAGUGGGGAGGGGGCUCCCGCCCAUCUUCUGGAGAGCUCACAGGGGCUCGUGACAAUUCUGGUCAGGGCCAGACAAGCUGGAGGCCCCCUUUCCUCUCUGCUUCCUGUUCCUGCCUCUUACCCCAAACCCCUCUACCAUAGUCCCCUCCACACCCUCUCGCCCCCACGUGAGAGUAUCCUUGGCCCUCCUUCACCUUGGCUCCUGCAGGGACCCCCAGUUCUGCCCCAGUCUUGGAAGAGGGGGAAAUGGACCCCUGGGCCCUCCCUCAGCUGAAGGACACUGGCCAGUCCUGGAAAGCUCAGCCUUCCAGCUGCUGAGCGGCAAAAUGACUGGAGACAUCUUCAAGGACAACGUGGUGCUGUCCAACCCUGUGGCUGGACUGGUCAUCGGUGUGCUGGUCACAGUUCUUGUACAGAGUUCCAGCACGUCCUCCUCCAUCGUGGUCAGCAUGGUGGCCUCCAAAUUGCUGACCGUCCAGGCGUGUGUGCCCAUCAUCAUGGGCGUCAACGUGGGCACGUCCAUCACCAGCACCCUGGUCUCGAUGGCACAGUCAGGGGACCGGGAUGAGUUUCGGAGGGCCUUUGGCGGCUCGGCCGUACACGGCAUCUUCAACUGGCUCACGGUGCUGAUCCUGUUGCCGCUGGAGAGCGCCACGGCCCUGCUGGAGAGGCUCAGCGCCCUGGCUCUGGGAGCCGGCAGCCUGCGGCCCGGGGGGCGAGCGCCCGACAUCCUCAAGGUGCUCACGAAGCCUCUCACACAGCUCAUCGUGCAGCUGGACACUGAUAGGAUUGCAAGCAGUGCCACAGGGAACGCCACCAACAGCAGCCUCAUUAAGCGAUGGUGCGGCACCAGGGAGGUGAUGACUUCGGGGAACAGCAGCGGCUGCGGAUCGACCGGCUCCGGCCCCUGCCCUGACAGCAACAGCUCUACUGUGCUGCAGCAGCUGCCCUGCCACCACCUGUUUGUGGGGACGGCGCUCACGGACCUGGCCGUGGGCUUCAUCCUGCUGGCGGCCUCCCUGCUCCUGCUCUGCACCUGCCUCAUGCUCAUCGUCAAGCUGCUCAACUCUGUGCUGCGCGGCCGCGUGGCCCAGGCCGUGAGGAAGGUCAUCAAUGCUGACUUCCCCUCCCCGUUGGGCUGGCUCAGCGGCUACCUGGCGGUCCUCGUGGGCGCCGGCCUGACCUUUGUGCUUCAGAGCAGCAGUGUCUUUACAGCAGCCAUCGUGCCGCUCAUGGGGGUCGGGGUGAUCGGCCUGGAGCGGGCGUACCCUCUCUUCCUGGGCUCCAACGUCGGCACCACCACCACAGCCCUGCUGGCCGCCCUGGCCAGUCCUGCGGACAUGCUGCUCAGUGCCCUCCAGGUUGCCCUCAUCCACUUCUUCUUCAACGUGGCCGGCAUCCUGCUGUGGUACGUGGUGCCCAUCCUGCGGCUGCCCAUCCCGUUGGCCAAGCGCUUCGGGGACCUGACCGCCAAGUACCGCUGGGUGGCCGUUGCCUAUUUGCUGCUCAGCUUCCUGCUGCUGCCCCUGGCUGCCUUUGGGCUCUCCCUGGCAGGGAGCACGGUGCUGGCCGCAGUCGGGGGACCCCUGGUGGGGCUGGGGCUCCUCAUCACCCUCAUCAGCGUCCUGCAGCGGCACCGGCCGGCCUGGCUGCCCCGCCGUCUGCGGUCCUGGGCCUGGCUCCCACUCUGGCUCCAUUCUCUGGAGCCCUGGGACCGCCUGGUCAGCCGCUGCUGCCCCUGCAGGGUCUGCAGCCCCCCUCGGGCCGCUGCCAAGGAGGCCCACUGCUAUGAGAACCCUGAGGUCCUGGCCUCCCAGCAGUUGUGA